AUGAAGAAGACGGUAAUAGGCAACCAGAAAAAAUCCACAACGGCCGUGAAGAAAACCGCAAGGCCAACCAAUAAGAGGGAGAAAUCUGCAGAUCCGGCGGCAAGGAGGGCGAAGCGGGCGGCCAAAAUGGCGGCGGAGGAGUUGAAGGCCGCCGCCGCUUGGGGAUCCGCCGUGGCAGCGGCGGCGGAGGCAGUGGAGGCGGACGAGGAGUGGGCGGGGAUGUGGAGUGGGGUGGACGAUGAAAUUGCGUGGGCCAAUUGCUGGUGCCCCUUCUGGGAGAUGGAGGCUUACGAGGAUGCUUAUAAUGCUCUCUACGAGGACGUCCUCUUCGAUUUUGAUCUUUGGGGCUUCAAAAAUUGUCAAUAUGCUCCAAAUCUGUGA